AUGGGAGGGAAUAACAAGGAAUCAGACCCUUCCUUAGGUUUUCUUACUAAGAAGGACACUGAAGUUAAGCUUCCUCGUCCCACCCAUGUGAAGAAUAAGACUCCUGCCGCGAUUCAGAUCACUGCGGAGCAGAUUCUCCGUGAAGCACGAGAAAGGCAAGAGCCUGAAAUCCGACAACCAAAGCAGAAUCGUCUCCGCAAGCGCAAGGAAUUCGAAGAUCUUAUCCGCCGCGUCCGAUUGAACGACAGCGUUUGGAUCAAGUACGCUCAAUGGGAGGAAUCGCAGAAGGAUCACAUCCCAAAAGGGCGUGCAGAAGACCCGUAUAGAAAAAUUGUAUCUUUUGAGAAGCAAUACGGUGAUAAGGAUGGUAUAGAGGAUGCCAUUGUUGCGAAGAAGAGAAGGUUUCAGUACGAGGAUGAAGUGAGGAAGAACCCAAUGAAGUACGACACGUGGUUUGAUUACAUUAAGUUGGAAGAAAGCGCAGGAAACAAAGAUCGAAUUCGCGAGGUUUACGAGAGAUCUGUCGCCAACGUUCCUCCAGCUGAAGAGAAGCGAUAUUGGAAGCGUUAUAUAUAUUUGUGGAUUAACUAUGCUUUAUUUGAAGAACUUAAUGCACAAGAUAUGAGCCGGACUAGAGAUGUAUACAGGGAAUGUCUUAAUUUAAUUCCACAUGCAAAGUUUUCGUUUUCUAAAAUUUGGUUAAUGGCUGCUAAGUUUGAAAUAAGGCAAUUAAACCUGAAAGCUGCCAGACAAAUCCUUGGAAACGCCAUUGGAAGAUGCCCGAAACAUAAAAUAUUCAACAAGUACAUCGAGAUAGAACUAAACCUUGGAAACAUUGAUCGAUGUCGAAAGCUAAAUGAAAAGUAUUUGGAAUGGUCUCCCGAGAAUUGCUACGGUUGGAUAAAGUAUGCAGAGCUAGAGAAAGACCUAAUUGAAACCGAGAGGGCUAGAGCUAUCUUUGAGCUUGCAAUUGCUCAACCAGCUCUCGAUAUGCCUGAAGCUCUAUGGAAGAAAUACAUUGACUAUGAAAUAUCACAAGCAGAAUUUCAAAGAGCUAGAGAACUGUACGAGAGGCUUUUGGAUAGAACAAAACAUGUUAAGGUUUGGAUUAGUUAUGCUGAAUUUGAGGCUUCUGCUGUGGAAAACCUGGACUCAGCCAAAUGCCUUGAACGGAGGAGAGGAAUAUUUGAGAGAGCCAUAAACCAUUUUAGAACCUCAGCCCCGGAACUGAAAGAAGAGAGAGCUAUGCUGUUGGAGAAGUGGUUGGUUGUUGAACGCAAAUUUGGAGAUUUGGGCGAUGAGAGUUUAGUCCGUUCGAAGAUGCCCAAGAAACUAAAGAGGAGACGGCAGAUAGGAGCGGAGGAUGGUCUCGAAAGAUACGAAGAAUACAUUGACUACUUGUUCCCAGAAGAAACACAAGCACCAACUCUGAAGAUUCUCGAAGCUGCGUACAAAUGGAAAAAGCAGAAGCAGUCAGCCAACGAUGAAGAAGAAGAUUAGUUCCCUGUUUCUUUUUUUUUAAUGUUUUGU